AUGGCAACAGAGUUCCCCCGUUUCGGCUUGUUACCGGCGGAACUGCGCCUGCGUAUCUGGCACUAUGCCAUCCGAGGGUCGUGGACAUGUAUUACUCUCGAGCGCACCCGAGACAACCAAGAUAUAACGGUCGGCACUCAUCCGCUCAAGGCCAUUGCCCACACAUGUCUCGAGGCCCGCCAAGUCCUGACCGAAGCACACACGUAUAUCGAGGGAAUCGGCUGGCUCAAUUUUUCGCAAACUCUAUACAUCAUGCAAAACAUCCCUAAGGGGUCAGUAUACUGGUCACGAGACUACCCUUACCAACAGCCUCCAGUUGGGCAAGUACAGCAUCACCACAAGCUGUUCGAUCAUAUCCAGCACAUCGUGCUAACCCCGAAUUCCCGGCAAGAGCUGAUGGUCGGCCUUCUUGGUUGGCUCCGCGAAAUUGAACCACCGCUAAAGAGUAUCAUAUGUGUUCAGCCGUGGCCUCUGCCAGAUGACAGGGAGGCGUAUGAUUCAGAUCGUGACUGGAUAGGAGUGGAGGAGACCUGGGAUCCUACAUUUACGAAUUCACCGACUGAGUUGGAUCUGUCUACAUUGAAACGUGCGAUUGAGCAUGGCGAAGAAACGGGCGAUUAUCGAUUAGCGCAUGGGCUGUCCACGGAUGAGUACAGGGCCCGUGUUGGCCAACUUGCAGAUCGUCUGCCGCGGUCGCGGCCAUUUGGUCGUCGGCCAGGUCGUAAUGGGUAUUGGGUGGCGAGCGUCGAGUUAGGAGAUCUCAGGGCCCUCGUACAGAAUUUUGAUUCAAGUCCGAAUCUGUACUUGCAGACGGUUGGACAUAUACGUGGCUCAAGCUUAGGUAAAAACGUUUAA